CUGCUCCAAGGACUCUGGGUAGGGCCGCCCGCUCUCCAGUCUGCGCGCUUGCGCGAAUGCAUCGGCGGUCGCCCUUCCCCCACCUGCAGUCGCGAGUGGGUGACAGGGCCCCCAUCUCCACGAGCUUCGUGACCCGGAACCGCGAGUGGAGGCUAAGCCCCUCCAGUGUGCCUUGGUGCUCCUGUGCCUUUACCUCACCACGGAGAAUGAUGGGGCCCCAGGGGUCGGUUUCAUUCACUGAUGUAACUGUGGACUUCACCCAGGAGGAGUGGGAGCAGCUGGACCCCUCUCAGAGGAUUCUAUACAUGGACGUAAUGCUUGAGAACUAUAGCAACUUACUUUCAGUGGUGUGGAGGGCCGAUGACCAUGUGGAGAAGAACCCCAGAGACCCAGAUGAGCAGGCGAGGCCACUUACAACCCUCAAGAACCAACCACCAGUUGAAGAAAGAGGCAAUCUUUUUGGCAAGACAUUAAAUCUGAACACAGACUUUGUUUCGUUAACACAAGUUCCCUAUAAAUACGAUUUGUAUGAAAAAACUUUGAGAUAUAGCUCAGACUUACUUGGGGGCAGAAGCUGUGUAAGAAGGAAGGGUGAGGAGUGCAAUGGAUUUGGGAAACCACUCCUGUAUCUGAAGCAAGAGAAGCCCCAUGCCGGCGUAGGGUACUCUGACUACAGUGGGAAUGGAAAGGUCCUCGGCCAUAAAGAGGUCAUCUUUAAACAUCAGAAAAUUAAGAACUUGGUUCAGCCUUUUGUCUGUAAUUACUGUGACAAGGCCUUCUCCUUCAAGUCGCUCCUGAUCAGCCACAAGAGGAUACACACAGGAGAGAAACCCUAUGAAUGCAAUGUGUGUAAGAAAACCUUCUCCCAUAAGGCAAACCUCAUCAAACAUCAGAGAAUUCAUACCGGAGAGAAACCCUUUGAAUGUCCUGAGUGUGGGAAAGCCUUUACCCACCAGUCAAACCUCAUUGUGCACCAGAGAGCACACAUGGAGAAGAAGCCAUAUGAGUGCAGCGAGUGUGGAAAGACGUUUGCUCAGAAGUUUGAACUCACCACACACCAGAGAAUCCACACGGGAGAGCGGCCCUAUGAGUGUAGCGAAUGUGCGAAAACCUUCUUUAAGAAAUCAAACCUCAUUAUCCAUCAGAAAAUUCACACAGGGGAGAAACGCUACGAGUGCAGCGAGUGUGGAAAGUCGUUCAUCCAGAACUCACAGCUUAUCAUCCACAUGAGAACUCACACUGGGGAAAAACCGUAUGAAUGUACCGAAUGCGGGAAAACUUUCAGCCAGAGAUCAACCCUUAGAUUACAUUUGAGAAUCCACACCGGGGAAAAACCCUACGAAUGUGCUGAGUGUGGGAAAGCCUUCAGCAGAAAGUCUCGGCUCAGUGUCCAUCAGAGGGUUCACACAGGGUAGGUCCUGAGGCUGCAGUCAGACCAUACCGUGGGAAACCAUCAAACCAUCACCUUCAUGAAGAUCCUGAGGCUACAGUCACACUGUACCGUGGGAAACCAUCAAACCAGUGUUCUUCCAGUGAGGGAGGAACCUUCAUGAAGAUACUGAGGCUACAGUCACACUGUACCGUGGGAAACCAUCAAACCAGUAUUCUUCCAGUGAGGGAGAAACCUUCAUGAAGAUACUGAGGGAACUUGGGAAAUCACAUUGAGAUGCAGGCUAACUUAAAAACUUCAGAAAACAGGAUACCAUAAGAAUAUUAUACUGAAAGUAUCCAUGUGUAUGUACUUAGUACAUACACCUCCAGAUCCAAUUGUAAAUAGACAUAGCCAGCUCUACUCCAUGAGCUUUCAUGGCUUUUUGUGCCGCUGGGGUUCAAACCUAGCUUGCUGCCUGUGCUAGGCAAAUUUUUUUACCACUGAUCUACAUUCCCAGUACACAGUGACCUUUUACAAAUCUUGAAUCAACUGAAUAUUCUAGGAGGAGAAAUAAAGUUUCUAUAAACACCACCUUAGGAAUUUGUACUUAAGGAUAUGCCACAAAGCAUAUAUUGUUUGAAAUCUGUUCAUGUGAGUCUAAUGGCUACUAGGGAAUUGAAAUUCCCAUUCAUCUAUGAAAUUGCAUCAUAGCAAGCAAGGUUUCUCCUACUCAACAUCAUGUAUGUGUCUCGGUACCUUUCCAACCCAGUGUGUAUCCAAAGAAAAUGUGAUGGAUUUAAGUAGCAUGUAGCCUCUCCCUCUGCAGCCAGAUCAUACAAACUGGUGUGGCCAUUGUUAAUGAGCUGCCUGGCCACUAAAGAAAAGCAGCAUUGUUAGGGUUUUAGCCUGCUUCUGGGUUUGAAGAUUUUCUAACGCAUUAUUUAUACAUAUAAAUAUGCAAAGGUCUGAGAUAAUUGAGACCUAGAGAGUGAAAGGCAGGUGUGAACUAUGACUUGGUAUCCAUCACAGAAGAGAGCUGUGCAUGCAGGGGAUGGCCUCAUCAAUCAUGCUCUUAUCUUUCUCCCCGAGGCAUUGACAUACAAGUGUAUGUCCUCCAAAAUACUGUGUAUCCCAGAAUAUUAUUUUUGUAUGUUUGUCUUCCUCUUAAUGCUUUAUGAAUUAUCCUAUUAAAAAUGAGUAGGGUGCCUAUGUAGCUCCCAAAUGUUA